AUGUCUUCUCAGCCUCUCCUCCAGACCUCAAACGGCAAGCGGAUAGCCCUCCCCACCCGCGUCGAACCGAAGGUCUUCUUCGCCAACGAGCGUACCUUCCUCUCAUGGCUCAACUUUACUGUCAUCCUGGGCGGCCUCGCAGUUGGCCUCCUCAAUUUUGGUGACUCUGUAGGCCGCAUCUCUGCUGGCUUGUUCACGCUUGUGGCCAUGGCUGCUAUGCUCUACGCACUGUUCACAUUCCACUGGCGAGCGAAGAGCAUCCGGCAGCGCGGCCAAGGUGGCUUCGAUGACCGCAUCGGUCCCAGCGUCCUGGCUCUUGCGCUCCUGGGUGCGGUUGUGGUCAACUUCGUCCUCAGAGUUGUUGAAGCCUAA